AUGAAGGAAGAGAAGGUUGUGGCGGUGGUGGAGUCGUUGCUGGUGGCGCCGAGCGAGGAGACGCCUCGGCUGGGGCUGUGGCUCUCCAACUUCGACGUCACCGCCGCAAUGACACACACGGCGCUGGUCUACUACUACCCAGCCCCGGCGACCGUCUCGACAGACCGGCUCAGGGCGGCGCUGGCCAAGGCUCUGGUGCCGUUCUACCCGCUUGCCGGGCGGCUCGGCGUGGACGAGGGCGAGCGGCUGCAGAUCGACUGCCAUGGCGAGGGCGCGCUCUACGUCGUCGCAACGGCGGACUGCACCGGGGAGGACCUCUUCGGGAACUACGUGCCCUCGCCACAAGUCAGGCGCAUGUUCGUUCCGAUCGCCGACCCGCCCAGCCUUAUGUCCAUGUUUCAGGUGACGUUUCUCAAGUGCGGCGGAGUGGUGCUGGGCACGGCGAUCCACCACGUACUCAUGGACGGCAUCGGCGCGUUCCACUUCAUCCAGACGUGGUCCGGCUUGGCGCGCGGCCUCGACGUCUCCCAGGCAUGCCCUUCGCCGCCCUUCCACGACCGCACGCUCCUCCGCGGGCGGUCGCCGCCGCAUGCCGACUUCCACCAUCCGGCCUACUCCUCGGCGUACCUCGACGGCCCCCCGCGCCCCUGCGUCACCCUCGUCUACUCCGUCCCUCCAAAGCUCCUCGCGGACCUCAAGUCUCGGUGCGCGCCCGGCGUGUCCACCUACGGCGCCGUCACCGCGCACCUCUGGCGCUGCAUGUGCGUCGCGCGCGGGCUUGCGCCGGCCUCAGACACCCGCCUCCGCUUGACGGUCAACGUCCGCCACCGCCUGCGCCCGCCGGUCCCGCGCCACUUCACCGGAAACGCCAUCCUGCGUGACCUCGUCACCGUCAAGGUGGCCGAUGUUCUGGCCCAGCCGCUGGGAUACGUGGCCGACACCAUCAGGGAGGCGCUGGAGGACGUCGACGACGCGUACGUGCGGUCCGUGAUCGACUACCUGGGGAUAGAGUCCGAGAAGGGCAGCUUGCAGAAGGUGCCAUGGCAGCUCCUGCCGGAGUCUGAUCUGUGGGUGACGGCCUGGCUGGGGAUGCCCGUGUACGACGCCGACUUCGGCUGGGGCGCGCCGCGGUUGGUCGCGCCCGCGCAGAUGUUCGGCACCGGCAUGGCGUACGUGACGCAGCGCGCCCGCAGGGACGAGGGCGUCGUCGUCUUCCUGGCGCUGGAGCCCCAGUAUGUGCAAUGCUUUGAGGACGUCUUCUACAGCGAGUAA